GCGCCCGGGGGGCUCCCCUUGUGUGUGCGUGCGUGUGCGUGCGGGGCCGGGGCCAUGGAGGAGCUGAGCAGCGUGGGAGAGCAGGUCUUCGCCGCCGAGUGCAUCCUCAGCAAGCGGCUCCGCAAGGGCAAGCUGGAAUACCUGGUCAAGUGGCGAGGCUGGUCCUCCAAGCACAACAGCUGGGAGCCCGAGGAGAACAUCCUUGAUCCAAGACUCCUCCUCGCUUUCCAAAAGAAGGAACAUGAAAAAGAAGUGCAGAAUCGGAAGAGGGGCAAGCGGCCCAGGGGCAGGCCCAGGAAACAAGUGGAACCAGAGAUGCCUGCAAAAACUAAGUCAAGUAGUUCCUCUUCCUCCACAUCCUCCUCUUCCUCCUCCUCGGAUGAAGAGGAUGAAAGUGACCUGGAAGCAAAGAGAGGUCCCCGCAGCAGAGAGACUCACCCGGUACCACAGAAGAAGGCUCAGAUCCUGGUGGCGAAGCCCGACAUGAAAGACGCUUCCAGGAAGAAGCGUGGGCGGAAACCUCUUUCCCCAGAGCAGAAAGCAGCUCGAAGGACCGUGAACCUGACAAAGGUGCUGAAAACGUCCCGGAAGGAGGUGGGUGGCAGUGCAAAGCUGAUGGGGAAGGCGCAGCCCCAGCACAGCUCGCAGGGCUCGGGCAUGGCUGUGCUGAAGGACCCGCCGGGCACCUUGGCUGGGCUCAGCUCGGGGGGUUCGUCUGCUGAAAACCUGACCAACUUGAUGAAGAGCGGCUCCACGAGCCCAAACCGGGCCAUCAGCUGGCAGAGCUCCAUUGUGCACUACAUGAACAGGAUGUCCCAAAGCCAGAACUCGGCAGAGACCUCGCCCCUGAGCAGGCUGGCACUGAAGUCCCAGGCAUCCAAUAAGAGCAGCUUGGGGCUGGACUUAAAAAUGAGAAACCAGAAAGGACCUGGGGACCUGGGGAGCAUGCAGGGAUCCAAGACUGCCAAGGCUCCUAGCAGUGGUGCUGGAGGGGACCAGAAAUCAGGGUUUGCUGCAGGAGGCCAAACACUGCACAAUGGCAGCAAGAUGCCAGCGAGCUCAUCCGGAGCCAGCAGCCAGCCAGCCUCCAGUCAGGAGCUGAACCUCCAAGCUCUAAACCUGCAAAGUGUCAAAAAUGGUCCGAGCGCAGCUGGUGGCAGCAGCCUCCCUCGCCACCUUUGCAGCACCUUGUCCAAAGGCUCCGGCAGUGGCACAGCAGCGAGUCCCGGUGCCAGCAGCGCCAAGGGUGGUGCGGCGGGUGCCGGGUUGAAUGCUGCUGGCGCUGCUGUGCUCUCAGGGGGGGAUGGCGGCAAGAGCGAGAAGCAGGCACACCGGGCAGGCGACAGAGACUUGGCCAAAAGCGGCACAGCCAGCACACAGGAGGGGCAGGUGGCCACGGAGAACCGCAAGCCGGCCGCCCUUUCCGAAAUGAGCACAGGUGAAGAGACCAGCUCAGAUUCGGACCGGGAUUCAGCAUCCUUCCCAAGCGUGGGUCAGAACAUGUCUGUCUCUAUCCAGACCAGCCAGGACUGGAAACCCACCCGCAGCCUGAUUGAGCACGUCUUUGUCACCGAUGUCACCGCUAACCUGAUCACAGUGACGGUCAAGGAGUCCCCCACCAGCGUUGGGUUUUUCAACCUACGGCAAUACUGAGCCUGGGAGUGUGAGAGGAGGGAGAACGUCCUUCAGCCUCUCCCUCAGUUUUGCCCAGUUCUUCCAUCAGGUUUUUCUUUCUUGAAGUGAACACAGAAACCUUGUGAAACCUGCUGAGACGCAUGUCCAGAGAAGCUUAAGAAAGGCGCAGUGAAACCUGCUCAGAACUGUCAGCAGGUCGAUGGAUCCCUCCCGGCUUCUCCAUCCUCUCCCGGAGCAGUGCCCCGAGCGGAGGUGGUUGAUGCCAUUCUCCGGUAGCCGGAGCGCUGGUGCUGCCGAGGAUGACAGACUGAAGUUUAGAGCCAGGCUUCACUGUACACAGGUUUCUUUGCUUUAUAGCCCAAAACAGCAGGUGACAAGGUCUGCAGCUCUGGCUGCAGGGAGAGCGUGUGGAGCUGCGAUGGGCCAGGCUUAUACUUAGGAGAGGAAAAGGAGAUCCUUUUCUUUCCUCUGAGCUCCCCAUGAAUCUGUCUGUGAGUCGUGGGGAGUUGCAAAUCAAUCCAAAUAAGACAGCUGCUGCUCCCAGCCCUCUGGGGCUGCUGGGGGGUGGCUGUGUAUGGGGGUUUUUUCAGGGUACAUUCAGCCCAGCCACCUCCCUGGGCAAGAUCACUUCCAAUGAUGGUGAAGUCCAUGACGUUUCUGUUGUGGUUUCCAGCUGAUAGGGAAAUAUUGUUUACACUUUUUUAUUAAGGAAAAAUCCUUUUUUUAUUUUGAGGGAUGGGAGUAGACCCAGUCUAGGGAAGACUGAAUCCUGGAUGCCACUGAUGAGACAGGGUGUCAAAGGUGCCUCUUUUAGAGCAAGGGACAGCUGGCAGUAGGUGUCUCCUUGCCACCUGAGGAGGGUCUUGCCUUGCUGAGGGUGGGAGCCAGCAAGAGCUACUGACUUCUUUGCCGUGACAACUUACAGAGGGAAGCAAAGCUUGGAUUCCUGUGCAGCCCAGAGAGCCCGAGCACUGCUCCUUUGCUUUGUCCUAGCAUCGCCAGCAUCUCCCCCUCCCAUUCAGCAGUUUCCAGGCUCUUGUAGGGACCAAAUUGGGGAGUACUUUUGUCUUGCAGAACAUGCAAACCCUCCCAGCACGGGUAGGUUGGUUCUCGGACUGUCAGGUGCCUGUGAGGUUGGUACCGCAGUUCAGCUAAAAAGCAGUGCCCAGGCAGAGCCAGGGGCGAGUGAGCCCUCCUGAUGGAAACACAGCUGGAUCCAGCCUGCAGUCCAGCCCCGUGCCUUGGAUGCUUGUUGGGUUUGACUCGCACUGAUCAUGCACAUUUUUCUCCAGCUGGAGGACUCAGAAGCUGGUUGAGGACACCUACACGGUCUGGAGUGGUGGGAAAGGGAAGGAGAGGAGAAGGAGAAGGGGCAGGGUGAGGUGUUAGCAGCGAAUGCUGCAAGCCGCUGUUCCCCGAGGAGCUGGAUGGCCUCCAGUAGCCGUUCUCCUUCCUCUCGCCACCCUGUGCCAGCACCUAGGGUGUUACUUUUGCUUGUAAUUGCAAACAAUAAUGGCUUUUAUAUGGAAGUCUUUUUCCCUGCUAUAGAUUACUUUUACAAGCCAAGAUUAGCAGCAGUAGUUCAGGCAGAGUUUAGUAGCAUUUGACAUCCCUUUAGUUCUAUUAAUGCUGAACUCCUUUCUCUGCAGCCUGCCAGGUCUUGGUGCAUGGCUAGAAGGUGCCUCCGAACUGCUCUGCCACCAGCAUCUCCAGCGUGGCUGCUUGGUGUAUGUGAACAGCUUUGGGUCACCUUUGCUCAGUGACUGACCUGGCACCAGGACAGGCAUCUCUCUUUAUGGCAGGUGGGAGCACUCACAGUGUUGUCACACACAGGAGUGCAGAGAUAAAUGGACCAAACUGGGGGUACGUGUCCUUCUGUCCCCUCCCAACCCAUCCACUCACUGCAGCCGCAUUUGCUGCUGCAAAUUCUCAGGUGAAUGAAAAGCCAGUGCUGGCUGCAUGUGCUACCUGCUUGUUCUAGGGAUAUUUCCCGCUGUUCAAGGAAUGUUCAGGGUUGUUCCUCGAGCGGUGGCUGCAGCCUCUGCUAGGGCAGACUCCUGCGCUCCACACUCUUACCUUUAGGUUUUGUAUUUAGUCCCCAGCCAUCCUGUUGGUUGUGGCUUUGAGUUUGUUGUGCACAGCAUCCUGCAUGAGCCAACUGCAUGCCGGCAAGCCAGGGUGGUUGAAGACAUAUUGAUGCCUUGCAGCAGGACCUGUGCAGGCUUCUCAGCCCAGUUCUGCCCCAGUACAGCCAGGCAGCCUUGAAUGUCCUCUCACCACAGUAUGGGGCAUCCCGGGGCAGGGGUUGUCCAGCCCUGCUCUGCUCCUGCCACCCAGCCCAGCAAAGCAUUGUUCUGCCAAGCAAAGGGCUGAGGGGAGGGAAGGAUGCGUUCUCCGUGGAGGAGGUUCCCAAGGAUUCCAUCAAGCUCCAUGAUGCCAAAAUGUCACAGUCUGUGCCAUUUACCUUCUAGGCUUUAACUCUGCCGAACGAGCUGCUGUUGCUUUGAGCCGUCCACGGAAACGUUAGCCUGCGUCAGCAGAAAUGAAUGUUCUGGGCAUGGUCUCUGCUUUUGUGCUGGGGAUAUGAGCGUUUUGGGAGAAGAAUCUAGGAAUCUAGGAGCACAGGGGCAACGCUUUUCCCCACACACCAAAUGUUUGCUACUUAGCCUUUGCGAAUCCAAAUGGAACGACAAUGUGCCUUUCAGACUGUCCUUAUCUCAGCCUUGUCUGCGACACCGGUCCCACGACAGGUUUGUGCCUAUGCAAAGCAGAGUGGUCACAAGGUCCUGGGGACAGCAGUGACAGCAGUGGGGAGAGAUGCCCUGGUCCCCAGCGAGACACCUGGCCAUGGUGCGGAGCUCUGCUGCAAUGUUGAGGGCAGCCAAGGGAUGGAUGCUUACUGGGAGGAAACCAGCCCAGCAGGGAUGCUUUUGCUUAAAGCAAUAGGAUAGGGAGGAGGCUGGUGUCCCCCAGGGAGGAAAAAGCAUCUGAAGAUGCUCCACGAUGGGGUCGGGCACUAAGCGUCCACAGAGGGUGCAGGAGAUGAACUGUGACGGUGGAUGGGCUCACUACACACAAGCUCUAAGCUGGCUGCUCCUUCCAGAACACCCGUCAAAGCUCAAAUGUGAUUCUCUGUGCUUGCUCCUGCCUCCUGGCCAGGCGAAGGGUUACUGGUCCCAGGUCCACACCCAGGGGAGUGCGUACCCCAAUGGUGGGCAGCUCUCCUCCAUCACCCCCUCUUCCCUGGUGUGUCCCCUCCCAGCAGCGGCAGGACUCUGCUACCACCACUUGCUAUUGUGCCUUCUGCUCACCAGCUGGUUCUAUUCCAAAGGUGUAAGGAUGGUGAAAAUGAUAAUCCAGAUUUUUUUUCUGACAUUCGUCUCCUCCAGUGCUCCUUCCCCAGCCAAUUCCCACUCUAGUGUUUCAGGAUCUUGGCUCUCCCAGCAGCACUGAGGCGUCUGAAUGAACGGUUCCUGUUGGAUUUUGCCUCUCGAAGGCGCAUGAUGUGAACGAUUUACUGUAAUCCUUUGUGGACAGGGGCUGAAAGCUGAUGCAGACUCUGUUUACCCAUCAGUACCAUCAGUAUUCAAAGUCUACCUUGGUUUUUUUUUCCCUUUGUUUUAAGUUUGCUGCUAUGGGUUGGGGUGUUCAGCUGUUUGUCAAACAGCCAGUUAAAAGUUUGUCAUUUGCCGUUCUCUAAGGGGUUUCCAGUGUGGGAAGUCCUCAGUAUUUGUAUAUUGAAUGGAUAUUUUCUCCAGGCAUAAUCUGGUUAAGCAUACUUUUUGUUUUCCAUUGGACUGGAAGAGGUGGCCAACUCGGCCACCUUCCCUAGAAACCUAGUCUAUUUUUAUAUAUAUAUUUUGUACCAAAAAAAACUGGAGUUCGUGGAUGGAUGGGGAUGGUUUGCGAGGGGUUAGUUCGCUUUGAGUUUCUGAGAUGGGUGUGAAGGGCUCCAAAUCUAGAGAGGUUUUUUACUGAAAGAAAUUGAGAGAUGGGUGAGAAACGAACAAUUGUUCUUGUAACUUGUGCCAGUCACUGGUCUGAUUUGUAUGUUUUAAUUAAAGAGAGAGCCAAAUCGUUCCUGUAUGACACUUACAAUUGCUUUAAACUACAGCUGUUUGUUUGCUUUUAUUUGCAGAGAACAAAAGUUGGAGAUGUUAUUACCCUGGGAAAGCUCAAGGGCUUUGUUGUGCCGGACGGGUGUCCAACCCGCCGAGCGACUGUGGGGCUGGGGGCUGCGCUCCCCCUGGCCUCCUCUCACCCUCCCGGCACCUCACCUGCCUUUUCUGCCUGGGCUUGUGCUCCUGGCCCCUGAGCCAGCGUAGACCCAGCACCUCUAGGCUGCCUUUAAUUUAUUUGCAGGAAAACACUAGGAGUCGGUUAUGUCGGGCAGGGGUUUGGGGUUUGUGUUUUGGGUUUG